GUCGUCGUCAGGUCCCGCGACGUGUAAUCCGGUGGUCGGGCGGCGGGGAAUACCGGAAAAACGCACUGCAAACAUCGAUAGGCGACGGCGCCCGUGACGCGCGAGUGUGCCGCCGCCGUGUGUGUGCGGUGAGAAGGAAAAAAAGGAUGUGACCGGAGCACUACGAAAAUGGGCGUCCGCGGUUGAUGUCGGUCGGUCGGUCGGAGCAGCAGCACAGCUAUUAUCAAUUCACAGUCGCCGCGUUCUUUGUACCGCCGCCGCCGCCGCCGCCGCACCGGAGAGCACCGCCGACGUACGUCUACGUACGCGGCCGCCGUGGUUAGUAGUCGGACGGCAGACAAUGGUGCGAUACGUCCGUCGCCGCCGCCGUUGAAUGUCGCGCGCGAUAUUAAUUUAUUGUAAUAUAAAAAUAAUUAUUAAUUCUCACUUGUCGUUACCGCCGAGAAAAGGGCCGCGCGCGCCGUCCGCACCACUGUUACAAUAUUCUCUAUCGUGAUUAUUAUCGGUCGGUUUUGAGAGCACAAAAAAAAAUUAUACAUAAUUAAUAAUUUAACUAAAAUUAAUUUACACCGUAUUCGUGUUGUAACGUCUGUACCUAUAUUUCUGCCCGUCAAUACGUUUUGUUUCUACUGCAAUAAUAAUAUUAUUAUAUAUUAAUAAAAUAUAUUUUAUAGUCGACUGCGCCCGAGGAGUUAAGGUGUCGUUGAAUUUGAACUUUUUCUUCCCGUUCGUCUUGUCGAAAUCCGAACCCGGAUUAUGAUCGGCGUCGAGAAGAAAGACGACGGCGACCGUUCGACCGUGUCGAUGGACCAGACGUUUACGGGCACCAUACGCAUCAAGCUCUGUGAGGCGUCGGGCCUGCGGCCAACAGACCUGCAGACCCGUCUCAAGAACAUGUCUUUUGUGAAGUCUGAAGAUCCGUUACUGGACGCAUACGUCAGUAUCGACGUUGACGACAACAUACUGCUCCGGUCGUCUACUGUGCCCAAAACCUAUGAUCCUGUCUGGAAUGAGUAUUUCACUCAAGACGUUCACGACGCCAACCGAUUGGGCUUGACAGUAUUCCAUGAUGCCGUCAUUGAAGACUUGUUUGUGGCUAAUUGUAAGCUGUCGUUCAGUGAACUUAUUCAACGUGAAAUUUCAGAGGAUCAGGAGUUCUGGGUGCAUUUAGAACCCCAAGGAAAAUUGCAUCUUCGAAUAGAUCUGAAAUGGAAUUCAAAAGAAUUACCAGUACGCCCGUUAGAAUUCAAAGAACGGCAAGGCCUAUUGAACCGAAGACGCGGAGCCAUGAGAAGACGUGUACAUCAAGUGAACGGACACAAGUUUAUGGCGACAUUCCUCAGACAACCAACAUUUUGUUCACAUUGCAGGAAUUUCAUAUGGGGAUUUGGCAAACAAGGAUAUCAAUGUCAAGUUUGCACGUGCGUUGUCCACAAACGUUGUCAUGCGGAAGUAGUGACGAUCUGUCCAGGAUUCGGAAAAAAAGAGUUAAGUCAAGGAAACCAAUCUCAACGGUUCAGUGUCAAUGUUCCUCAUAGAUUCAAACCACAUACUUAUAAAAUAUUUACAUUUUGUGAUCAUUGUGGUUCACUACUUUACGGAAUCUAUAGACAAGGCCUGCAAUGCGAAGUUUGUACUUUAAAUGUGCACAGAAGAUGUGUGAAAAACGUCGCGAAUAAUUGUGGCAUUAAUCCUCGCGAAAUGGCAGAUACAUUACGAAGCUGUGGUUUGAAUGUCAGCAAAAAUGUUGACUGGCCUGGUGGAAAUGGUAGUUUUAGCGUCAGCAGCGUUUCAGGAAGCGGAAGUGGUUUGCACCGUGAUCUCAGUCAACAAUCUAGCAAUAUAUUGAACAUUAUGUCUGAUAAGCAUUCCUCGCAGGACAAACGAAGUAGUGACAAAAUGUCCAAAUUGAACCAAAGCAUGAGCUGUUUUAACUUAGGUAAUCGAAAAAUGAGCGUAACAGAUUUUACUUUCAUAAAAGUGUUGGGCAAAGGAAGUUUCGGUAAAGUGAUGUUGGCUGAAAAACGAGGAACUGAUGAAGUCUAUGCUGUCAAAGUGUUGAAAAAAGACGUGAUUGUACAAGACGACGACGUAGAUUGCACCAUGACUGAGAAACGCAUUUUAGCCCUCGCGGCCAAGCAUCCGUUUUUAACGGCUUUACAUUCUUCUUUUCAGACCAAAGAUCGUUUGUUUUUUGUCAUGGAGUAUGUGAACGGUGGCGAUCUGAUGUUUCAAAUACAAAGAGCUAGGAAGUUUGACGAACUACGCGCUAGAUUUUACGCAGCAGAAGUAACGCUUGCUUUGCAAUUUCUACAUCGGCAUGGUGUAGUCUAUAGGGAUUUGAAAUUGGACAACAUAUUAUUGGACAAUGAAGGCCACUGUAAGCUUGCUGAUUUUGGAAUGUGCAAAGAAGGCAUAAUUGACGGAGUAACUACUACCACAUUUUGUGGAACCCCUGAUUACAUAGCUCCCGAAAUUCUUCAAGAAUUAAAUUACGGUGCAAGUGUCGAUUGGUGGGCAUUAGGUGUUCUUAUGUACGAAAUGAUGGCUGGCCAACCGCCAUUUGAAGCUGACAACGAAGACGAUCUUUUUGAAUCUAUUUUGCACGACGACGUUCUUUAUCCGGUCUGGCUUAGUAAAGAAGCAGUAUCCAUUUUAAAAGGGUUUAUGACAAAAAACCGUAACAAACGUCUCGGCUGUGUGGUGGCCGAUGGUUUAGAAUCAGCUAUAAGAACUCAUUCAUUUUUUCGAGAUUUGGAUUGGGAUGCCUUAGAAAACCGUCGUAUCAAACCGCCUUUCAAACCAAAAAUUAAAAAUAAAAAAGAUGCAAUGAACUUCGACGCCGAGUUUACCAAGGAAGAACCAGUCUUGACACCCGUGCCCGUGGAUGUAACUUUAUCUAUUAACCAAGAAGAAUUUCAAGGAUUCUCAUUCGUCAAUUUUGAUUUUAAUCCAAGCAAAUUCAUCUCUUCUCAAUCUUCAGAUUCUUCUAAAUAAUAAUAGUCCUACCAGACAAAACAUUUAACUCUGCUGAAAAUCGAUUCGAAGAGAAUUUUAACGAACAAUCUGCAAUAAACAAAAAUGAUUGUUAUGUGAUACGCACAAGUCUACAUAUUGGUAUUAUUACUCACGAGUUGCCUCUAAUAUAGUUUAUAUAUAUAUAAAUUUAUAUAUAACUUCUAAUAUGAUUAUCACUCUAAUAUUUGUCUAGUCUAGGAUCAAUUAAGCGAAUCGAUCGAUCCUGCAAUAUUGAUUAGUUUAGCUAAAUCUAAUAAAGUACCUAAUUUAUUAUUAAAGUAUAUAAUAUGCCCGUGCUCGAAAUGAUAUAGAAUUCUAUCGUAAAUUAAACAGUAUUAUUUUGCAUUUUAUUAUAUAACCAAACUAGUCACUUAUAUUAUUAUAUCGAUCACCUUCGAAUAUCACUCAAUUAUUUAAUGUGUAUAUAUAUUAAUUGAACGUUAAUUUACUGCGAAUUACGAUGAUACUUAUUAUUUUUUACUGUACGCUAUGUAUUUUUGUUUACCAUUAUAAACAUCUAUACAAAGUGACCAUUAAAAAUUCGUCAAUCUUUAUGACAUACGAUUCCGAGUGAUAUGACUGUUACUAUAUAUAUCAUAUAGUAACACAUAUUAUGUAACGUAAAAUUCUAAUACUUACCUACGAAUUUGUUAUGAUCUAAUUAUUAUAAUAUAUUAUUAUAUAUAGAAACCAACGUCAAAACUUUCAAACUAAUUUACAAUUAUUUUGUCGCCUAAAAUGCGUAUAAUAGUCCAUUUAAAAAAAACAUCACGAAACUUUGGACGUAUUUAUAAAAUAUAUACUUACCCUUAAAUAAAAUAUUUAUGUAUUAUUAUAUAUUAUUAUUUUUUAUAAAUAAUAAAUACGUCCUAAGGAUCUCAAAUGCUUUGGCAGCGGCUCGUCCAACAAUGGACUUAGAACUAAUGUAAUAUAUAUUAUAAUUUAAAAUUAGUCUCGGGUUACCUGUAUCGAACAACAAUCAUUUUUAGAUUUAAAUAUAAACUCGAUUAAGUUAUAAUAUAACAUAGGCAAUUAUAUUGUAUAGGUUUUUAGGUAUAUUAUUAUAAAUUUUAUUGUAAACUAGUUUCGUUAAAAGAAAAAGAAAUAACUAUUACAAAUUUAUUUUUAAAAACAAUUUUACUGAUUUUUUUCUCAGAUUAGAUAUAAAAGUGUGUUCAUUCAAGUGGCCUUUAAAUGUUUAAUUUUUAGUAAAGUACGCAAUAUGUAACGAAGACACGGACCAUUUAGUAAAUAAAUAUAUUGAACAAACAUUAUGUAUUAUGUGUUAAAAUUAGGAUAUCAUAAUAAUUUAAAGGACAAUUUAUUGAAUGGCCAUACUCGUAGCCCGUACAUAAAAACGAUUAUCUAUAAUAUAUUAUUAUAUAUUUACUAUAACGUAGAAUAAUAUAAUGUUAUGCUACGAACGUUCUUCUGUUUUAUUCGUUUUUAAACGUGGCCUACUGAACAGGGUCGUAUUGUGGAACGGCGUGUACAAUCUCGAAUCUAUUUUUACUAUGUUAGAUAAAUGGCACAAAUCGACGUGACAUUAUAUUUAAAUUUUUCGGUUACCGCGGCCGUGCACGUUACUAGUAUUAUCGUGCACAUAGGAAUGAUAUUAUAUUAAUAUUGUAAUGCGCGCGCUAACGGACGGACGAUCGGUUCCGCGCCGCCAUCGUCGACGAUACGAUGUGAAAUUUUUCUUUCGCUUUCCGUCGGAAAUACGCACGCGUCUAGGUCAAUGGGUAAUACGGUUUUCUUCGUCUCAUUAUUCUGUACCCAGUCGUUUCAAUACAGAACAUAACGUGUGUAACGUCCUAGUAUUUAGCUACACUUGUUAUCCUUAUUACCCAUGUCAUAAUAAUAAUAUAUUAAACGUUGUUGUGCAUUUGAUAAACGAUUUCCCGACGAUCAUAAAAAUACAACAUAAACGCUUACGAUUUUUCAACCGAACAAAACGACACUCAAGUCUCUCCGCGUAGACGUGGGUGCACUUUCCCAUAACAAUAAUCCUAUUAUUAUCCCUCACGCUUUUCAGCUUUUGCCGUUGCCUCCGUUUGUUCACGCGUAACCACCCUAUAACAAACCGGCACGACACUCUUCAAACCGUCCACUCGUACGGGGUAAACGGUCAAAAUCCAAUGGAUUUUGAAUUUGAACCAUCGGAAAUAUCGGCGGUCGUCCGGUGUCAUCCAGUACUUGAUUUUCAGUAAAAUUAACUAGAUUCGCAUUAUAUGCGUACAAAUAAGCAAUCCAAAAACCGUAUAAUAUUCGACUGUAUUCGAUUCGAUAAAUGUUCAAAUGAUGAAUUCAAUAUGGUUCGAGCUUUUGCCGUUAAACCUCUGCUGCAGUGUCAGCGAUACUGUCACACAACUCCGAAACAAUGAGACUUCUUGACGUACUUAUGAGGAAUAUAUUAUAUUAUACUCCCUUGUGCAGCCUGCAGUAAACCGCGAGUCUUAAACCCUACCUACAUGCCUAGUCACGUGAUGUUAGACUUGAACGGAAAGCGAAUACUCCGAUCGAUAAACACAUCGUAUCACUGUGAGCGUAUUACACUUUUUUUAUCGUAUCCCGCAAAUAAUAAAAUAAUAUAAUACAACGAUUAUUGACGAUUUUAAGGGAACUUUUUUAUAUUGUUUACCUAAUACACAUACCAUUGAGAUAUAAUAUGACACGGGUAAACUAUCCAUAUAGGUAGUAUUAUAGAAUAAUAAUAUGCUGUAACGGCACUAUAAUAUAAAAUGUUACGUAACACGGCGUACUGCCCUUCCACCGACACUGUUCUACAAUAAUAUUUGAAACAUAAUAAUAUUAUGUCAUAUAUUAUUAUUAUUAUUACGAUUUCCGAUAUAGAUCUGCUUAGUAUUUGUAAUUACAACAGUAGAUUUUAAUGAUGAUAUUUAUACAUACGGGUUCGAACGGAUCAUAUUUAUAUCUGUAGAUCACAUGUUUUUUAAUAAAAAAAUAUGUCUUAUGUCUUUUUAACAUUUCCUAUUUAUAAUAUAAUACUAUUAUUAUACUAUAUACGAAUAUGCUCAUAAAAGCAAUUUAAUAAUAUUAUAAUAUUAUGUACGAUUUAUAUAGACUUUUUUUUUCGUUUUUUUUUUUACAGCUAUUGAUAUGAAUAGGCUUAUCAAUAACGUUAAACGACGUGUUACCUAUAGCUGGUGUUUUCAUAUUUUGGUCAAAGACCAUGGUAGUUUACAGCAUAAUUGUUUUUAAUGAUUUUUGUUCAUUUUAAUUCUAUGAAAUCCGAACGACUACGAUUACGACAACGUACCUAUUUUUGAAUAAUAAAAAAAUAUAUAAAAAAAAAGAUAAACAAAUAAAAUAUAUUAUAUAUAUUAUUAUAAAAGCUAUUAGUGAUAAUAACUUAGGUUUAAUUAUAAAAAAAUUCUAAUAUAAAUACCAUUAGUGUUUAAUUGUCUAUAUAUUUAUAUAUACAUAAUAUAGAAAGGCGUAAAAAUGUGUCUACACAAAUUAAAUUAUUUACUUUUAACGUUCAAAACUGCGUCGUUUAUAGUAUAUAAUAUAUAUUAUAUAUCUUAUUAUAUUAUUAUUAUGCACAAUUAUUUACGUUGUCCGAAAGGAAUAUAUUAUUAUUAUUAUUAUUAUUAUUAUUAUUAUUAUAAUUAUCAUCAUCAUUGUAUUAUUAUUAUUAUUAUUAUUAUUAUUAUUAUUAUUAUUAUCAUCAUCAUUAUAGUGUUAGGAAUACAAAACAUUACAUUUUAAUAUUAUGCAAUUAUCAUUAGUUAAAAUGAUUACCACUUAUAUAAAGAACAUUAAUGCACUUAAAUUUAAUAAUUAAUCAUAAUAAUUCGUUCAUUAUAUUGUGGGCUUGUCAAUUUUAUUUCUUUAUUUCAAUCUUCUUCUGGGUGCUGAAAACUUCCCAAUAUUUGUUAUUAUUAUUAGUAUUAGUAUUAUUUACGUUAGCCAUGAGGUAAUUGUUCGUGGCUAUGAGAAGUUCACUGAUUAUUUUCCAAACGCAUUUUUUAUUUUAUGACAUACCUACAUGUAGGUAGUGCAAAAUAUAAUAUUACCUUAUCGUUUUUUUUUUAAUUAUUUUAAUAUUAUUAUAGUUUUUAUGUGCAAAUCACGUGUUCUAUUAAACUAUAUUUAUGUUUAAAUAAUUACUUUUAUAUAAUUCAUUGAUUGGAAUCAAAUAUAUACCUAGUUAUUAUUGUUAUUCUGUUUAACAAACUUUAAAAAUCUCAUCCAAAAAGUUAAUUAUUUAACGUUUAUUAUUAUUAUUAUUAUUAUUACUCUAAAUAAAUGAUUAUAUUAUAAUAUUAUGUAUAUUUAAAUAUUAUAAGCAAAACGACCUAGUCAUCACAUAUUUGUUAUCACCAAUAAGGUACUUUUAGUAAUUAUUAUUAUUAUUAUUAUUAUUAAAGAUCAUACCUCUAUCUAUGUUGUGUACGCAGUGUAGUUUUUUUUUUUUUAGUUCAUGUUUUUUCUAUUCAGUAUUAUUAAUUAAGUUUAUGUAAUUUUAUUAUAUUCUUGUAUGUUUUAAUGAUUUUUCCUUUAUAUGAUUUAAAGCCGUUUGUUUUUAAAAUGUUUUUCGUUUCAUAACUACUUUGUUAUAAUAUAAUGUAUUAUUUUUGAUGUUGUUGAAUUUGUUUUGAGUCAUUACAGUUACGUUAUAAUUUUGUGCCAAAAUGUGUGUUUAAAUUAAUAUUGUAUUCAAUCGGUAUUUAAUUUAUAAUAUUUUUUCAUUUGUGUCUAUUCCUUUAAUACCUCGCGCUUUUUAAAAUACUAAUAAUGAGUUUUUACAUUUUAUGUUAUUUAAUUAUAAAAAUAAAUUAUAUUACUUUGAUAUGUUUUUAAAAAAAAAAUCAUGCUAUAGCUUACAGGAAAUUGUAAUUUAAAUAAUUAUUUUAACAUUUUUUGUUGUUUUUUUUUUUUUUAAUAAAAUAUCAAAUGAGCCUUA